CAGUAAUACUGUAAUUUCUAUGGAAUCGUUUUACAGUGCAGAUGGGGUCCAUUUGUAUGAUCUAGGCCAGAGGUCCACAAGCCUCACAGAGCAGGUGUGUUUCUAAAUGCAGUUUACUUUUUGUCCUCUCACAGUGGGUGAGUUGUUGUAUAAAGUCACUUCAGAACAUCAACACAAAAUGUGUGUGAAAUGUGUUUGUGCUUCAAAUGUCACCUCAACAGUUUAGUGUGAGGGUAAAAUACUAUCACAUUUUUAGGUUACACGUUUCCUUUAUUUUGGCCACCCCCUUGAUUUUCCAUUGAACAACUUUCACUACUUUCAUGUCAUUUACAUUUACCACCUCUUCUUUCCUGCUUUUUAAUGUUCUAGUUCAUUUCAAUGUAUUUAGUAAGCACAAUUUAACUGUAUAUUUGCAAAAAUAAUAAUUAAACAUCAAUAAAAUCCAAGUCUCACAAGGCUACUGUUAAACUCAAAUCUGCUGACAACUUUAUGAAUCUGUGUUUUUUGGGGUAUAGAAACAUGCUUGGUGGAAACUCCCACAAGUGCAUAAUUUCCUUUUAACAGAGAUCAAAGAUAUGACUGAGUUGUCAAGAAAAGAAAUGAAACCAAUGGCUGAAUGUAAGAUGACUAGUAGAGAAGACUAGGGUGUAGGCAAUAACAUCAUCAUACCUCAAAACAGAACCAGGAACAGGGUAGAGGAAGCUGUGUUGUUUUAGCGCAGCAGCCAUGAACCAAAACAACAACUUUCUUUGUGCUCUUUAUAUUCUUGCCUUCUUGCAAUCAGGCAAAUCAAACACUGAAGUAUCAAUCAGUCACAGUCCAUACAAAGAUGGUCGCAAUGUGACCUGUGUUCUUAAAGGAAAAGAAAAUAUGACUCAGAUCAACUGGGAAAUGCGAAGAGGACUAAAUCACACAAAACUCGGCACAUUUCAUCCAUCCUUUGGUACUUACAUUCCACCUGAAUAUGAUGAUAAAGUUGAAAUUCAGGGCAAAUCAUCUCAACGUCCAAUGUCGUCCCUUAUCUUUAAAGUAGCAGUAAAUGAAAGUGUGCUAAUCUGUUGUGCGUUUGUAACAUUUCCUUCGGGUAAACUGGAGCAAUGCACUGACAUCAGUAAGAAAGAUGACAGCAUCAACACGUCUAUAAAAGCUUUUACUCACAUGAAACGAGAACCAGGGAUGGGAUUAUUUGGACAUUUGGGUGCAAUGAUCAUCGGAUCUAUUCUUUCUCUUUCUACCCUGACCAUACUAUUCUUCAUAUGCAGAAAGAGCAACUGUAGGAGGAGGCAGUCCUUUGAAAUAUGUGUGCAACUGACAGAACCGCCAGCUGAGACACAAGAAGAAGAAUCACCUCCAAUUCCUCCAAGUUCUUCAAAUGGCUUUGACCCCUCCAAACUUUAUGCCAAGAUCAAAAAAGACCUUUUCUAUGGCCGCUUGUGGAAGUCUUACCAAGGCCAGCCCAAGGCAUGGACACAAGAUUGCACGACUGAUCAAGGACAUGUUUAUCACCUGUUAGGACAGAGCCCUUCACCAAAGAGAAAUGCGGAGGCCGACUCCUUGGGGCCGGAUGAAGCUAAAUGAGAUACUAUAAGCAGCAAAAGUUAUUAUAUUUCAGUCUUUGUCUUAAUCAGAGGAACUUUGCCAUAUUAAGUUAAAUACAGCAUACCGGAAUGUAUUAUAACAUGAAAAUUAAAUAAAAGUAUUUUUUAAUAUUUGUUUA